AUGACUUACCCAUUGGACAAAGUGGGCACAAAAGUGUCAAAUUUGCUCCACUAUCAACCUUAUCCGGCUUACCCUUUCAAAGAUACCGUUUUGGCACACGUGUUUCCCAAAACAUUCUUUGAUUGGUCACUUCAAUUAGCCGUCCCAGUCACUUUCGCUUUGCUUUACUAUACAAUCGCACAUUCUGCCAAUCAUUUCCAGAGUGGAUUCGAUCAUACAAAAGGUGACUCUUUCAAGGCAAAAGUGUUGAGAGCGGUCGUGAUCCUUCACAAUGCCGGCCUUUGCCUUUACAGCUUUUUCACUUUCUUCAUGUCAGCUCCAGUCGCUUUGGACUUGUUUGCUCAAGGUUGGAGAGCAGCAGGACAUGAAGGUUUAAAGUUAGCAUUAUGCUCUAUACCCGCAACAAACAGUUUGAUCGGUAGAUGGAGUUAUAUCUUUUAUCUUUCAAAGUAUUACGAAGUGAUGGAUUCGAUCAUUUUGUAUCUCAAAGGCAAGAAGAUUGGAAAUUUGCAAUCUUAUCAUCAUGCCGGUGCUUUGUUUAGCAUGUGGAUCGCAUACAGAUUACAAGCUCAAGCCGUUUGGGUGUUUGUCGUUUUCAAUUCGGGUGUGCAUACGUUCAUGUAUGCUUAUUAUUUCUGUGCCGCUCUCAAAUUACCAUUCCCAAAAACGUUGAAGAGAAAUUUGACAACUUUGCAAAUCUUACAAAUCGCAAGCGGUACAUUGUUGGUGAACUUGUACUAUUUCCUCAAAUUGGACCCAGUCUAUGUUUAUGGUCAAUUAUUGGGAAGUGCCACUGCACAAUCCGGUUUCAGUAAAGCACUAUUUGGAUCGUCAAAGAGUGCUUUGACUGCAUCUGCAGCAGGACAAUCUUUGAUGCAAUUGAGCACAUACGCACAAGCAAGAGCAACAUUCCCUGCAAGUCAACGUGAUAGUUGUAUAGAAACAACUGGUUCGGCUGUUGCAAUCCUUGGUAAUACGUUGUACAUGGGACCUCUUUUGGUCUUGUUUGCCAACUUUUUCAUCUCGAGUUAUUUCAAGCAACAACAACAAAGCAAAGCAAACGGCUUCGCUAAGGGUAAACAACAAAACGGUAAUGGCAAAGCCGUUAAUGGUAAGCACUAGAUGCGCUUCUUGAACAUCAAAUGAAUCGUACCGUCGUUAUAUUUCUUUAAAAUCAUAAUUUUCUUUUGAUACCUGUAAUCACAGAGGAUGUGGUACUUGUAUACCAUCUUUUCUUGCUAUAAUGGAAUAAUUGAAUCAAUCGACAAGCAUUACC